CCGGAAAAACAAAAGUGUUGUCAUUUAGUCAUUUUCUAUUUUGUUCUUAAUUUAUUACUGUAAUAAUUAUAAAUUGUUAUUGUGGACUAUGUUUAAAAUGUUUACAGGAAGCUAAACGUUUAAACUAAUCUUAAAAGCAAAAUGGUUGAACCAAUAUUUGAUUAUCAGUUUCGUUUAAUUCUUAUUGGAGACAGCACUGUUGGAAAAAGUUCCUUGUUAAAAUACUUCACGGAUGGAAAAUUUGCAGAGGUGUCUGACCCCACUGUUGGAGUGGACUUCUUUGCAAGACUGAUUGAAGUGAAAGAUGGGACUAGAAUCAAACUUCAGCUAUGGGAUACAGCUGGGCAAGAAAGAUUCAGGUCCAUAACCAAAUCCUAUUACCGGAACUCUGUCGGAGCAUUGCUUGUCUAUGACAUUUGCAACCGCACAAGCUUUGAAAACAUUCCGGCAUGGAUGCUAGAGGCCAAGCGCCACAUUGAGCCUCACAGGCCAGUGUUUGCUUUGGUGGGCUGCAAGCUGGACCUGGUGCGUGCAGGAGCCGUGCGUGAGGUGAGUGAGGAAGAGGUCAAAGCGUUCGCAGAAAAGCAUAGUCUCUUCUCCAUAGAGACUUCGGCACGGACAGGUCUCAAUGUAGAAGAGGCAUUCACAGCCAUCACACAAGAAGUAUACAACAGGAUACAGUCCGGAGAAUACAAGCUAGAAGACGGAUGGGAUGGCAUCAAAACAGGAUUCACACGCCCAAGUGGAUUUGAUUGUAAUCUAGUCGAAGCCGAACCGGCUAAAUCCACUUGCUGCUAAGCCGCUAUUUUGCAAAUGUAAUAUAUUAGGUUAACGAUUGCGAGGUUGUGUAAAGUAACAGGUACACUUCUGUAUCUGUAGUCAAAAACACAUGAAAAAUUAUUCCAUUUAUCGAUUAUUACAUUCUAUAUCUUUGGUUAGUAACCUAACCAACUAAAUGAUACAUCGAAUGAAAUAAUAAAUAAUUAAUAUAUCGAUCGAUAUUUUCAUUCCGUUGUUUUUGACAACAGAUACGGAAGCCUACCCAAAGUAACCUUAAAUAUGUUUACUCAUUAGUCUUAUACUCUACUUACAAAUGUAUUAGACCUUUUAUAACACAUUAUUUUAAACAUACCUUGUUUGAAAAUAGCUCUCAUUAUUUUCACUGUAUUAUAGCUAAUUUUGUUUUAACUUAAAAGACGUGUAAUUAUAUGAAUUUAUUUAUUUGAAAA